AUGGUUACACGUCCGCAAGUCAAGCGGCAUACGAAUGUCCCCGCCCCCACGCUGGUCGACUAUAUCACCCGUGAAACAGAAUGGGGUAAUUUCGCAUAUACCCUUAUGACUGAGGUACCUGGUCGGCCGCUCAGUGAGGUUGCACACAGUCUAUCCGACGACGAGUUGGAGACAAUUGGACUGCAGCUACGAGGAUACGUCGAAGAACUCCGAGCUAUUCCGAACCCGCAUUCGAACCAAGUCUGCAGUGCGUCUGGAGGAUCCAUCCACUGUCCUCAAUUUACACUCUCGUGGGACAUUCCUGCGUAUGUGGAUGUGGCUGCAUUUUACGCUUGGUUGCGGAUCAUGGUGGGCGAAUACUGGGAGUGUUGCAUGAAAGGGAAGCUCGAGCCGGUAUUCGCGAAAUUCGCUGGACCGACGGUCUUUACGCAUGGUGACCUCGCGGAUCGGAACAUUAUGAUACGGAACGGCAAGAUAUCAGGAUUGAUCGACUGGGAGACGGCGGCGUGGAUGCCUGUGUAUUGGGAGUACUACACAUCGCUCUCGGAUAACUUUCGCCACACUGCGCCAUUUAGUACGAUUAUCAAGGGUGCUUUGAAGGAGCAUUACGCUGAUGCAGCGAGGGCAAUUGGGUUGGCUGGAGCUGCGAUUCGGGGUAUCGAUCCAUGUAAAAAGUAUUAG